CUUAGGGUUUUUGCGGCAAUGGCAGUGAUGAAUGCCGCGGCGUCGUCUCCGUGCUGCUUCAAUCCCAGGAGCAGCAGCUGCGAGAAAUCGGCAGCGCUAUUUUCCAGCCAGUGGCGCCAGGACGAAUCUGGGUUCUGCGUCUCCAGGAGUGCGAAUGCGAGGCCGGGCCGAGCAGGGAUUUGCCGUGCGCAAGUAACGAUGAUGCCAAUCGGCACUCCCAAAGUGCCUUACAGAACUCCCGGCGAGGGAACUUGGCAGUUCGUGGAUAUUUGGAAUGUGCUGUAUCGAGAGAGAAUCAUUUUUAUCGGGCAACACAUUGACGAGGAGUUUGGCAAUCAAGUGCUCGCGACUAUGCUCUACUUGGACAGCGUUGAUUCCAGCAAAGAUCUCCAUUUCUACAUGAGUUGUCCUGGUGGAGACUUAACUCCUUCCAUGGCCAUAUACGACACAAUGGGAAGCGUGAAAAGCCGGAUGGGAACGAUGGCACUCGGCUAUGCGUAUAACAUCGCUGGAUUCUUACUUGCGGCUGGAGAAAAGGGACUGCGAACCUCCAUGCCUCUGACAAGAAUUGCUAUGCAACCGCCUCAAGGAGCUGCUCGCGGAAAAGCAGCCGACAUUCAAAACGAGGCUAAGGAACUAUCUCGAGUUCGAGAUUAUCUCUUCAAGCAACUAGCUGUGAAAACUGGGCAGCCAGAAGAAAAGAUUCACAAAGACUUUAGCAGGAUAAAAAGGUUUUCUGCGCAAGAGGCUCUAGACUAUGGCCUGAUUGACAAAAUCAUAAGGCCUCCCACGGUCAAACCAGAUGCAAGCUCCAAGGCCGAGGCCGGUCGUGGCAUCGGCUGAAAGCUUGAUGAAUAUCUUUUGCAUUUCAUGUUGCAUACGUGGCAGCUGGCUCAAUUGACGUAAUUGUGCUCGUGUUCCUUAGGUUUAAUCACUCUCCACGAGCAAAGUCAACAAGUCCGCGUUUAAAAUCAUACGUGGAAAAUGCGAGGAGUGGACUUUCGCUCUGUA